GUACUUAAACGCAACAUACGUCAUCAGGCGACUCGGAACAAGAAGAAGAUGCAGCGAGAGAGAGCAAGCAACGCCGGCGCGGCUGAAAAGCCCGACCGGGAGGCCGCCAUCAUGUCCAAAUACUACGAUGGAGUUGAAUUUCCUUUCUGCGACGAGUUUUCCAAAUAUGAAAAAAUGGCCAAAAUAGGACAGGGGACCUUUGGGGAGGUGUUUAAAGCGAAGCACAGACAGACCGGGAAGAAGGUCGCACUGAAGAAAGUUUUGAUGGAAAAUGAGAAGGAAGGGUUUCCAAUCACAGCAUUGAGAGAAAUCAAAAUCCUUCAGCUGCUCAAACACGAAAACGUGGUCAAUCUGAUUGAGAUCUGCAGAACCAAAGCUACUCAGUUCAAUAGAUACAAAGGCAGCAUCUACCUUGUGUUUGACUUCUGCGAGCACGACCUGGCGGGGCUGCUGAGCAACGCCAACGUGAAGUUCACCCUGGCAGAGAUCAAGAAGGUCAUGCAGAUGCUCCUUAAUGGACUCUACUACAUCCACAGAAAUAAGAUCCUUCACAGAGACAUGAAGGCUGCCAACGUGCUCAUCACCAGAGACGGUGUCCUGAAGCUGGCUGACUUCGGUUUGGCCCGAGCCUUCAGCCUGGCUAAAAACAGCCAGGGGAACCGCUACACCAACCGCGUGGUCACACUCUGGUACCGACCUCCAGAGCUGCUGCUAGGUGAGCGAGACUACGGCCCUCCCAUCGACCUGUGGGGAGCGGGUUGCAUCAUGGCUGAGAUGUGGACCAGAAGUCCGAUCAUGCAGGGCAACACGGAGCAGCACCAGCUCACUCUGAUCAGCCAGCUCUGCGGCUCCAUAACUGCAGAGGUGUGGCCUGGUGUGGAUAAGAAAUACGAGCUGUAUCAGAAGAUGGAGCUGCCUAAAGGCCAGAAGAGGAAAGUGAAGGAUCGUCUCAAAGCUUACGUCAAGGACCCGUACGCUCUUGACCUCAUCGACAAGCUCCUGGUCCUCGACCCGGCGCAACGCACUGACAGCGACGACGCGCUCAACCACGACUUUUUCUGGUCCGACCCCAUGCCGUCAGACCUGAAGAACAUGCUCUCCACCCACAACACGUCCAUGUUUGAAUAUCUGGCCCCGCCCAGACGGAGGGGCCACAUGCCCCAGCAGCAGCCCAAUCAGAACAGAAACCCAGCGACCACCAGUCAGACCGAGUUUGAUCGAGUGUUUUAGUGUGGGUUGAAGCAUACAGGUUCGGACUUUUUAAUAUGCUAACACAGGACUUUAUUUUCCAGCUAAUAAACUACACAUUUCACAUUUUGGUGGACAUAUGCUGGAAAUCUGUACAACAACUUUUUUUUUUUUUUUUUAAUAGAAUGACUGUUGUGUGUGAGUUUCUGGCAGAGGAUGCAGGUUAUUUGGGUUGACCAGGAAGAGGACUGUAAUAUUCAGAGUUAGACAGAGCAUUUUUGCCAGCCCAGUUAUUACUCUGACUUCAUGGUCAUUUUAAUGAAGGCAGAUGUUUAACUCUGUAAAUUAAAUUUUUUGCCUUGAUUAAACAAGGCCUCUGUGAUAGUUUAUGAGUCUGCAUAUUAAUACUAUAUAUUAUUUGCGUAUGAUUUGGGGGAUUUUUUUCACACUUGUUUUCUGAUUGUUUUUUGUAUGAAAAAUACAGCUGGGUACAGAGAACUCAGAAAGGCUUCAGACUCCUUCACUUUAAUCAAUAAAAUGUUUCAAUUCAUUUCAACUCCCAUAAUCAAUCAUUGUCAUAACUGAGUGUUUGAUUGACUGAAUGGAAAAUGGAUCAAAAAUGAUUUUAGCAUCAGACUGCAACAUAAACUGUGAAAAAGUGAAAAGGUCUGAAGACUGAAUGCUCUGUAUUUUAGAGGCUGUGCACUGUUUGAACGUCUUUAUUUAUAUAAAGGAAGUAUAAAACUGAAACUUAACACUGUACCAUUAUGCCACGUAUGUGACAAGACAGCCAACAGUGGCAUACCCAAAAUAAAGUGAUUAUUUCCUAAAAUG